AGGCUAUGGGGAUUUUACCUUUUUGCGGCCUUUACCUUUUUGCGGCCAGUGGCUCUCUCUGCUUUCAAAUUGGUUUUCCAUUUUGUUCACCAUUAACUCCUCGUACUCUCCGUUCUUCUUCUUCGCCUUCCUCCUCUCUUUCACACACGCACACACUCAACACCAGUUUCCGUAUAUAGACACACACAGAUAUAUAUAAACCAUCGAAACGCGAGUUACAUCUUGCACAAAGUAACCAACUUUUCUCAUUUUCCUUCUCGAAAACGGGUAAAGGAGAAUUGGAGAUAAGAUAAUACAACAGUCCCUGAAUUUCAAGAAGAGGAUAUCGAUUUCUCUUAAUUUUCCUUUGUUUUCCCCUUUCAAUUUUGCUUCCUUCGUUCUGCAAUUGAGGUGCUUCAUCUUUUAGUUUUUCGCUUAUGUAAUGCAUCAGAAAAAAUCUGAAGUACAGAUCGGAACAGAAAGCAGCGGCGUCUCUUCCGAUUUCAACCCGACCCCACCUCUCCCGCCGUCUUCGCUUACCCAGAAACACCCACACCUUUCCCAAAAUUCCCAUCCUUGUCCGCCUCCUCCGUCCGGCCUCAACCCCUCCCUUCAGAUCCUCAUCAACGAAGAGAACCAGCAGCAGCUGGACCAGAAUGACCCUUUUGCCCUCAAGCCGCCGACCCCUUUCAAGCGACCCCAUCUCCAGCAGCAAUUCUCCAGUUCCCUUCCCAAGACGCCGACUUUAUCCAAUGCCCUCCAUAGAUACAGCGGCCUUCCCUCACCAAAUCCACCUCCAAAAUUCAAUAUUUUCUACAAUCGGUCGCAGAAAUUCUUGACCCAUUUCCACCACCACCUCCGCCACUUGCGCCGCCGCCUUCGUGUCCACCUCCGCCUCAUCCUUCUACUCAGCCUUCCGUUCUUCUACUUUCUGGUCUCUCACCCAUCCAGCUCUUUCUUGCUUGAUUUCCUGUCUGCUUUUGCCUUCUCGGCCGUGCUUUUGUUCUCUUUGAACUUGGCCAUCCCACGGCUUCCCACUAUAAGGUUGUUCCUUUCCAGGUCAUUGCCGAUCAAGGUUAGUGCAAAGGAUCACGCGAGCCGGCCACAUUUGCCGGUGUUUUGGUCUAUUGGGUCUCGUCAGAAGGCGGAUAAGAAAGUGAUCUCAGGGUGUUAUGUACAGGCGUAUAGCAAUGGGGAUGUGUACGAGGGUGAGUUUCAUAAGGGGAAAUGUAGUGGGAGUGGGGUGUAUUACUAUUAUAUGAGUGGUAGGUAUGAAGGGGAUUGGGUGGAUGGUAAGUAUGAUGGAUUCGGGGUUGAAACGUGGGCAAGGGGUAGCCGAUAUAGAGGACAAUAUAGGCAGGGUCUUAGGCAUGGUUUUGGGGUUUAUCGGUUUUAUACAGGGGAUGUUUAUGCUGGGGAAUGGUCUAGUGGACAGAGCCAUGGUUGUGGGAUCCACACCUGCGAGGAUGGAAGUCGAUAUGUGGGAGAGUUUAAGUGGGGUGUUAAACAUGGUCUCGGGCACUACCACUUCAGGGAGUACUUCAAGAAUCUGUUAUUCAUAGACAUUGAUAUCUUACAAUAUCCUUGUGUCUGUGGUCUACCUUAUGGAGAUAACUUGCCUCACUUGUGCUUUAGCUGUUUAUAUUAUUCUGUGAAGCCUAGGUGUUUAGUUUGUUCUUUGUUGUAUACAUGGUAUGAGGUUGAAUGUUCUGCAGCUGCAAACUUUAGCAGGAAUGGGGACAGAUAUGCUGGAGAAUAUUUUGCUGAUAAAAUGCACGGAUUUGGAGUGUAUUAUUUUGCAAAUGGACACCGUUAUGAAGGGGCAUGGCAUGAAGGUAGAAGACAGGGACUUGGGAUGUACACUUUCAGAAAUGGUGAAACGCAAUCUGGUCAUUGGCAAAAUGGAAUUCUUGAUGUCCCAAGCACACAGGGCACUGUCUUUCCUGUUUCUCCUGUUGCUGUCAACCACUCCAAAGUGCUUAAUGGAGUACAGGUGAAUGAUUUUCUUCAGAAAUUCUACUAUUCUUGCGUCGUCCAUGAAGCUCGACGGGCGGCAGAGAAAGCAUAUGAGGUGGCAAAGGUGGAUGAGAGAGUCAACAGAGCAGUUGCAGCCGCCAACCGAUCCGCUAAUGCUGCCAGAGUUGCGGCUGUGAAGGCCGUGCAAAAGCAAAUGCAUCACAGAACCAAUAGUGACGAUAUCCCAACUCCUGUUGUGCGAUAAUGCUUGCAAAUUGAAUACCAAAAUCCAAUAGCAGAAAGAGAGAUGUUUGCAGCUAUGUGCAUUGCAAAUUGAAUACUACCAAAAUCCAAUAGCAGAAAGAGAGAUGUUUGCAGCUUU